AUGGCGUACGGUCCCUUCGAGAAUCCAUCUUGGCAGCAAGACUUGCCUUCACCAUAUUUCGGAGAGAGCCAUCGAGUAUUCCAGAAAGCAUGCCGAUCUUUCAUUGAUGAGAACCUCAAUGCGCAUGCACUGGAGUGGGAAAGAGAGGAGAACGUCCCCGAAUCAGUAUGGAAGCGCUUCGGCGAAGCCAAUAUGUUGAUUCCCGCCCUUGCAGCACCACUGCCUGUGGGAUGGCUGAAGAAGUUGAACCUGUCAAGACUUCCCGGCGGUGUGCAAGUGCAAGACUACGAUGACUUGCACUCGUACAUUUAUUUCGAUGAGAUGGCUCGAUCAGGCUUGUUGGCUAUUCCAGGAUCUCUGAUGGCAGGUAUGGCGUAUGGAGUGCCUCCUAUCCUGCAUUACGGGUCUUCUGAGCUACAAGAGCGGAUGCUUCCUGAACUUCUGACCGCAUCGAAACGUUGUUGCAUCGCGGUGACAGAGCCAGAGGCUGGUUCCGAUGUUGCAGGUAUGACUACUACUGCCGAGAAGAGCGAAGAUGGCAAACAAUAUAUUGUCAACGGAGCUAAGAAAUGGAUUACCAAUGGUCUAUGGGCCGACUACGCAACAAUGGCGGUCAGAACUGGAGGUCCGGGUGCAAAAGGGCUUUCACUACUGGUUGUGCCACUCAAGGGCCAAGCUGGCGUGACAGUGAGAAAACUACCACUCGGAGGAGGAAACACUGCCGGCACCGCAUACAUUGAUCUCGAAGAUGUCCAAGUCCCCAUAGAAAAUCUCAUUGGACGCGAAGGCUCAGGCAUGUCCUACAUCAUGGCGAACUUCAAUCAUGAACGUAUGGCGGUAUCGAUUACUGUCACCCGGCAAGCUCGUGUGGCUCUUGAUGCCACUGUCAAGUAUUGUCUCAAGCGCGAAGCAUUCGGCAAAACGCUGAUGGACCAGCCCGUCAUCAGGAAACGACUGGCCAAAUGCGGCGCUGAAGUCGAGACGAUGACCGCAUGGCUGGAGAGUUUGUCUUACCAGAUGCACAAGUUGGGCAAAGAACAGGCGGACGCCAGGCUUGGUGGCUUGAUCGCUCUGGUCAAAGCGAAGGCUGGCAAAGUCCUGGAGAAAUGUGCUAGCUGUGCUGUGCUUUUGCACGGAGGAGCUGGUUAUACGAGAUCUGGUCAAGGAGAGCUGGUUGAAAAAAUCUUCCGCGAAAUCAAUGGUGCACGAAUUCCUGGCGGUAGCGAGGAUGUUAUGUUCGACCUGGCAGUACGCCAGCUCAUAAAGGUCUACAAUUCGAGCUUCAAUCAGCCUGAGCUGGCGAAAUCGUCUCGGCUGUAA